ACCGAAAGAAUUUAAAAAACAAAAAACAGAGGUAUAAUUCAUUCGUGAUUUGGUCUGAUGGCAAAGAAAGCGCUAUUGAUCGGGAUCAACUACCCAGGAACCGCCGUGGAGCUGCGAGGAUGUGUCAACGACGUCCGUCGGAUGAGAAAAUGCCUAAUCGACCGUUACGGAUUCACCGAGGAGGACAUAACCGUACUGAUCGACACAGACAAUUCCGGCACCCAACCAACCGGUAAGAACAUCCGCGACGCUCUGACGAAACUCAUCGGUUCGGGGAAAUCAGGUGAUAUUCUGGUCUUUCAUUACAGUGGACAUGGCACGAGGCUCCCUCCAGAGAAAGGAAUAUUAGGCGACGCUACUGGUUUUGACGAGUGUAUCACUCCUUCCGAUAUGAAUUUGAUCAUGGACCAUGAGUUUAGAGACAUGGUGGCAGAGGUAAAAGAAGGAUGUCGAUUGACGAUAAUCUCGGACUCUUGUCAUAGUGGUGGACUAAUCGAGGAAUUAGAUGAACAGAUCGGGGAUAGCGUGAGUCAGCAGAAAACGCAGAAAACGCAAAAAACCGGGAUUGCUAAUUUCUUGGUUAGCAUUGUGAAGAAUUUGCUAGCGACUUGUGGAAUGUCGAGUUCUCAGAGUCAGAUAGAUCGUGGAAACGGCCGCGAAAGCUUUACAAGAGAGAUCGAAUUGGAGGACGGUGAGACAGUCGAUAUGAAAACGAGAUAUCUACCUCUCGAUAGCUACAUAAGCCUUCUCGAGGAACAAACCGGACAAACCGAUAUUAAGCAUGGGAAAAUCAGACAUACGCUUGUCAAGGUAUUCGGGCAAGACUCAAGCCCGAAUGUGAUGCUCUCGAAUUCAAUGAAAAAAAAUGUUCACAGGGGAUGGCGUAAUAUCCUAAGCAAGCGUGAGGUUAAUACAAAUGGUGCAGGAUCUGGAUCCCAAAGUAAGCUUCCCAAGAACGGGAUUUUGUUAAGUGGAUGUCAAACACAUCAAAGAUCCGAGGAUGUUUAUGUGACGAGAACUGGGAAAGCAUAUGGAGCAUUCAGUGACGCGAUUCAGACGAUAUUGUCCGAGACGAGACAUGAUAAGAAGAUUACAAACAGAGAGAUGGUUUUGAAAGCUAGAGAGAUUCUCAAGAGACAGAGUUAUAGUCAACGGCCAGGUUUGUAUUGUGAAGAAUGUUAUGUCAAUAAACCAUUUAUAUGCUAA